CCAGAUUUAAAGUAGGCAGAUGUGAUGUCGGGAAGCUGAGGAGUUUGGUAUCGAUGCGCACAUCCCGUCCUCCGCCUCCAUCAGCGACUCCAUACUGUCCUGUACCGAGUAGCUUUAGCUUUUUGUCUGCAACAAAUCAUUGCAAUGGUUUUAAAAGGCCAAAUGUAUUCAUUUCAGGAUCGGAGGGUGUCCGGCUGCGACCUGCUGCUGCGGCAGUAAUAUCCUGAGGAUCAAACCGGAGCUGGUGGAAAGACCACGUCAGCGCAGAGCUGCAGGACCAGCUGGGAGCCAGGACUAACUCCUCCACCGCAGAUGUCCCAGAGCAACAUGUACGUCUGGAAGAACCGGUUCUGUCUGAGCCAGAAGGACCCCGAGCCGGUACCGGCUCCAGAAGAACCGGCUCAGCCGCAGGUUCUUCAGAUCAAAGAGGAGCCGGAGGACCCCGAGUUUCCACAGAUCAUAGAGGUGCCAGAAGAACCCGAGUUCCUGCUGGUGAAAGAGGAGCCAGAGGAGCCAGAGGAGCCAGAGCUUCCUUGGGUCCUGGAGGAACCAGAGCUUCCACAAGCUGUGGAGGAGGAGGAGGAGGAAGAGGAGGAGGAAGAGGAGGAGGAGGAGCAGCUUCCUCAGAUUAAAGAGGAAGCAGAGGAUCCGGAGCUUCUGCAGGUCAUCGUGGAGCAGGAGGAGCUGGAGCUCCCCCUGGUGAUCCAGGACCCGGAGGACCCGGAGGACCUGUGCUCCAGCCAGCCUCUCCUCAGCUCUGACGCCACAUUCCGGUGGUCUUAUGAGGAAACUUACUGCAACGAGAAACUCCUGUCCAAAGACUGCGUCCCGGCCCAGAGGCGAGAACCGGCGGGACUCAACCGUGACGAGGGCUCCGCCGGCCGGCGGCGGCUCGGCCCGGAGAACGGAGAGCACGGCGCCCCGGCGGCCCCGUUCCACACCGACAAGACCAAGAAGCCCGUCAAGUGCACCAUGUGCGAGGAGGUGUUCCGAGACCGCUACCACAUGAAGAAGCACCGCCGGGUCCACACCAACGAGAACUGCUGCCAGAUCUGCGGCAAGAGCUUCAGCCACAGCAGCGCCCUCACCAAGCACAUGAGGAUCCACACCGGCGAGAAGCCCUACUCCUGCGACAUCUGCGGCAAGAGCUUCAGCCAGAGCAGCAACCUGACCGGCCACAUGAGGAUCCACACCGGAGAGAAGCCCUACUCCUGCCAGACCUGCGGGAAGAGCUUCAGCCACAGCUGGAACCUGAACGACCACAUGAGGACUCACACCGGCGACAAGCCCUACUCCUGCGACACCUGCGGGAAGAAGUUCAGUCAGAGCUGUAACCUGACCAAGCACAUGAGGAUCCACACCGACGAGCGGCCCUACUCCUGCGAGACCUGCGGCAAGAGCUUCUGCCAGAGCAGCGCCCUGACCAAGCACGUGAGGAUCCACACCAACGAGAGGCCCUUCGCCUGCCAGACCUGCGGCAAGAGCUUCAGCCACAGCUGGAACCUGACCAACCACAUGAGGACUCACACCGGCGAGAAGCCCUACGUCUGCCGCACCUGCGGGAAGGGCUUCAGCCACAGCGGGGACCUGACCCGGCACGGCAGGGUGCACAGCAAGGAGGUGGUGGUCUGGAAGAACCUGUGGAACCAGGCCUGGAGCAACGUGUGCGACGACAAGGCCGUGGAGCCCGGCGGGGAGUAGCUGUGUGUGUGCGUGUGCGUGUGCGUGUGCGUGUGUGUGUGUGUGUGUGUGUGUGCGUGUGCGUGUGCGUGGGCAUGUGUGUGUGUGUGUGUGUGUGUGUGUGUGUGUGUGUGUGUGUUAGUGACUAAGGCCCAAUCCCAUUUCACCCCUCAGCCCUCCCCCUUGGCCCCACCCCUCCGUUUUGUGCGUUCAGGUGGAGGGGUAGGGGUGUCCCGACUGUCAUUGGGACGGGGGGGGAGGGGGGGCUAUCCACCCCUCCAAACGGAGAUUCUCCCGAGGCACACUCCAAACGGAGGGGUAUGAUCCAGUGGUGGCCGGUGGCGAGGGGCGGCGGUGGGAGCGCUUGUUUUGUCCACCUGAACUGCGAGUGGCGGGUGGCGUUAGUUCACUUCCACAUUGGCGGGAGCGCUCGUAUCCACACCCGCACAUUCCAGGCGGGUGGUGUUGAAGAAAGCAGUGUAUUGAAAAUGAUCGUCUAUCUGUUGUGUCUGGAACGCACGGGUGUGGAAACGAGCGCUCCCGCCAAUGUGGAAGUGAACUAAUGCCGCCCGCCACUGACGGUGUAGGCGGACAAAACAAGCGCUCCUGCCACCACCCCUCAACUGUCAUACCCAGAGGCCGCCACCGGCCGCCUCUGGGUAUGACAGUUUUCCCAGAAACCCUUGCAAGAUCGGCAAGAUGGCGGCGUCUGUAACGAAAGAAGUUCAUGAAUGUCAGUAUUUUGUCAAUAAAGUUUUAAAAUGUAAGAAAAACAUUCUUCUUCAGCAAACAAUCGUGGCGUCUGCCUACGUCAUCGGCAGCGGCGACUACUGAUGACGCACGUGAUUGUCGGAGGGGUGUUCCAAUUCAGAGGGGUUCACUUUCUCCCCUCCCCCUUAGCACUCCGCUUCAUAGGGGGAGGGCUAGGAAGAGAAAUGGGAUUGUGUGUGUGUGUGUGUGUGUGUGUGUGUGUGUGUGUGUGUGUGUGUGUGUGUGUGUGUGUGUGUGUGUGUGUGUGUGUGUGUGUGUGUGUGUGUCUGACUUUGUGGUCAUAUGAGAAGCAACUCAGUCUUCGUCCUGAAUUUAAAUCUGAAGUUGAGUUUCAGGUGAACGAUGUUGCAGAAUUUCAUUUCCACAAGUAAUUUACCAUUUUGAUGAAUUAAUCACAACCUUUGCUGUGUUGAAGCCUCCAGUCGGCAGUUUUAUUUCAUGCUAAUAUCUUUGGUGAUCUUCCUUUCUUUGGUCAGGUUUCAGGUCAGAGAGGCGGAGGAAGCUGGAGGCUGUCCGUUUUGUGCAGACUAGUUUGACUGUUAGCAGACGUAGGCAUUAGCAGCGAAAGAAUGAAUAUAUUUCAACAUGCAAAAUUGAAACAUAUAACUUGUAACAAUAUAUUGUUUUCUGAUGUGUCUCUUUAACCUUUGAAGUCAUGAAAUUGUGAGACCCAGAUCCAGAAAGCUCCUGCUUUCUAAGACGAACUAAAACGAAGAGUGUGCUUCAGCGCAGCAUGCAGACACUCCAAAUGAACAGAUGUUCACUUAUCUGUUGACUCAUGUUAGAGACGCUGCUAAAAAAUGAGAGAACGACCCCUAACAAAGAAAGACUGGGCAGCUAAAGGGUUAGAGCCGAGUGAGGAGAGCCGCUGGCGUCCCGCCGGCAGGCUCCAGUGAGAACGGCGGAGUUCCACCCUGAGCUGUGAGAGAACAUGAAGAAGAGCUCCACUGGCCAAAGCUGACCUGCUUCACACCGUUGAGAUGAUCCAUCCGGAAAGCCACAGAACGGAGAAUCCUCCAGCCCACCUCUGAAGGGAAAAACAAGAACAGAAAGAUUUAAGGUGGCUGGAACGGUUCAGUCCUCUGCAGCAGCUGAACCUUGAGUCAUCAGCACAGUCGGAUCCAGUUUUUGUCGGUGUUCCAGAGCGACAUGAAGACGUUUCUGACGUGUGCUCCUCAUUCUCAGAGCUCAGCACGUUUAUGUCUCUUAGUGGUUAAAGCAUCUCUGCAGGUCAAAGGUCACAGACCUGUUCUGUGUUGGUUGUGUUGUGGUCUCAUGCGGGUCCAGGAUCUUGUGGGGCUGUUCUGGUCCAGCGCGGCGGUGUUGGACGGACUCUUCUGUCAUCAGUUCAGUUUCUCAUGUUAGUGUAAAUAACGCCUCUCUGAAAGCUGUCUUCAACCCUCCAUGUGCACCCAAGUGCUCAGCAGAACCACGCCCACCAGGAUCACACCAGGGACAGCAUGUCAGCUAGGCUGGAGUAUAUCGGGUCCAUGUGUGAUGAUGCUAUCAAGU